ACGCUCGUUGCGUAUCGACGUGGAUAAACGUCAACAUGGCUGAAUCCAUGCGAGGAGCUGCUGAGAGUUGAUGUGGCACAGAAGAACAGCGGUGGCAGUGAACUUGAGCUGAAUAAAUAAUAUUUAUUGCACAGAUUAAGUACAGAUCAGAUCAUCAUGUCUCUCCAGAGGAUGUUCUCCUGUUCGCGGCUUUUAGCAAGACCAAAUGCUCUGCAAACGUUCAGAAGAGCUGCUUCACAAGGCAAAAUGCCGCUGGCACGGGCGCAUGGUAAGUCAUUCGCUCACCGAAGUGAGCUGCGCCAGGCCAAGAGAAUCGUCGUCAAGUUGGGAAGUGCCGUCGUAACCCGAGGUGAUGAGUGUGGCCUCGCUUUGGGACGACUUGCUUCAAUCGUAGAGCAGGUGGCCGUGCUUCAGAAUCAGGGUAGGGAGAUGAUGAUCGUGACCAGUGGUGCUGUGGCAUUUGGUAAACAAAGGCUGAGGCAUGAAAUACUUCUCUCACAAAGUGUCAGACAAGCCCUGCAUUCAGGCCAGAAUCAGCUCAAAGACAUGUCGUUGCCGGUUCUAGAGGCGAGAGCUUGUGCUGCUGCAGGACAGAGUGGCCUUAUGGCUCUAUAUGAGGCAAUGUUCACUCAGUAUAGCACUUGCACAGCCCAGAUCCUGGUAACAAACCUGGACUUCCACGACGACCAGAAAAGAAGAAACUUGAACAGCACUCUGCACGAGCUGCUGCGAAUGAACAUCGUUCCCAUCAUCAACACCAAUGAUGCCGUGGUGCCUCCCCCAGAACCCAAUAGCGACCUACAGGGGGUAAAUGUUAUCAGCAUUAAGGAUAAUGACAGUCUUGCUGCAAGGCUUGCUGUGGAAAUGAGGGCAGAUCUCCUCAUCGCUCUCUCUGAUGUAGAGGGCCUCUAUGACAGUCCACCAGGGUCAGACGAUGCCAAGCUCUUGGACACAUUUUACCCUGGAGACCAGCAAUCUAUAACUUACGGAACAAAGUCUAGGGUCGGCAUCGGAGGGAUGGAAGCGAAGGUAAAAGCUGCUCUCUGGGCUCUCCAAGGAGGAACGUCUGUUGUCAUUGCUAACGGUACACACCCCAAAGUCACAGGUCAUGUGAUCACUGAUAUUGUUGAAGGCAAGAAAGUGGGAACCUUCUUCUCAGAGGUCAAGCCAGCAGGCCCCACGGUGGAACAGCAGACAGAAAUGGCUCGCUCUGCUGGCAGGACUCUUGCUUCCCUUGAACCAGAGCAGAGAGGUGACAUCAUCUGUGCAUUGGCUGACCUUCUCACUGAGAGGAAAGAGGAAAUCCUUUCUGCCAACAAGAAGGACAUGGAGAACGCUAUCAGCACAGGUCGCCUGUCUCCAGCUAUGCUGAAGCGGCUCAGUUUGUCAUCGUCUAAGCUGAACAGUCUGUCCAUCGGUCUGCGUCAGAUCGCGGUGUCCUCUCAGGACAGUGUUGGCAGAGUUUUGCGCAGGACUCGUGUUGCUAACAACCUGGAGCUGGAGCAGAUCACUGUACCCAUAGGAGUACUGCUGGUCAUCUUUGAGUCACGGCCAGACUGCCUGCCUCAGGUUUCUGCUUUAGCCAUUGCCAGUGGAAAUGCUCUUUUGCUGAAAGGUGGCAAAGAGGCAGCCAACACCAAUCGCAUCCUGCAUGAGCUUGCACAGGAAGCCCUGUCUAUUCAUGGAGUCAAAGAUGCCAUCCAGCUGGUGAGCACUCGUGAAGAGGUGGAGGAUCUGUGUCGUCUGGAGAAGAUGAUUGAUCUGAUCAUUCCCCGCGGCUCCUCGCAGCUGGUCAGAGAUAUUCAGCGAGCAGCCAAAGGCAUCCCUGUGCUUGGCCACAGUGAGGGGAUCUGCCAUGUCUAUGUGGACCACGAGGCCAGUAUUGACAAAGCCAUCAAAAUCAUCCGAGACUCUAAAUGUGACUACCCUGCUGCCUGCAACGCAAUGGAAACUCUGUUGGUGCAUCGAGAUCUUCUCAGGACUCCAGUAUUUGAUCAAAUCAUUGAUAUGCUGAGAACAGAACAAGUGAAGAUUCAUGCUGGCCCUAAGUUUGCAUCAUAUCUGACCUUCAGUCCAUCAGAAGUGAAGUCUUUGCGUACAGAGUAUGGAGAUCUGGAGUGUUGUAUCGAGGUGGUGGAUAGCAUGCAGGAGGCUAUAGAUCACAUCCAUAAAUACGGCAGCUCACACACUGAUGUCAUCGUCACUGAGAAUGAGGACACAGCAGAGCAGUUCCUCCAGCAGUUAGACAGUGCCUGUGUCUUUUGGAAUGCAAGCUCUCGGUUCGCUGAUGGAUAUCGGUUUGGCCUUGGUGCGGAGGUUGGCAUCAGCACUGCCCGAAUUCAUGCCCGUGGGCCUGUGGGGCUGGAAGGGCUUCUCACUACUAAGUGGGUGUUACGGGGCGAAGGCCACACAGUGGCAGAUUUCUCGGAGCAGGGCAGCAUGACGUAUCUGCAUGAAAAUCUACCAGUGGCACAGCUCCUUCCUGGAUACAGAACCACCAGCUAGAGUUGAGAAGUAAAUGCUUCUGCGCUCAAGGAUCAAAUACACAUCACCUACUUAAAACCCAUUUAAAGACUCCCGUGAGGCAAUGUGUUUGGAAAAUCAAAUGAGGAUGGGCAGUCAAACACGUAUAUUUAAAGGGAUAGUUCUCCCAAAAUAAUAAAAAAAAAACCAUUUAUUCACCCUCAGGCCAUUCAAGAAUGUAGGUGACUUUUUUUUUUUUGGUUUGCAUAAAAUAAGCAAUUAUAAAUUAAAAAAAUAAAUAUAAUAAAUUAUAUAAUCAAUAAUUUUAGCAAAAAUUGGGAUGAUUUAUUAAAUCUAAACAAAUGGCUGCUAGCACUUUCAUAGUUAAAGACAUGCAAGCAGAACAAAGUUAAUACCCAUCGUUUCUGAUGGUACGUUGAGGUCUAAUCAAUUUUAAAUAAUUAGUUUAUACAAGAAACUGAGCAUUGUUUAGAACAUUUUUUCAUUUAUUCACACGAUUUUGCAAGCAGUCUUGAGCAUUUAUAAUGAUGGGCAAUGGACAGAUGCAAACUAACAAGUUGUUAGCAAUGGAAAGAAAGGUCGUGUGAGUUGUAUUGUUCUUCAAAAUGAUACAUGUGCUUGUAUUGGAUGCUGCAACUUGUAGAAAGUAAACCACCUGCAUACAUCAUUAUGAUCAUUAUGACCAUACUCUAGACUAUUUUCUGUGCCUACAAUUUUAAUAAUGCACAGAUGGAUCAUUUUGCUUCAUCAGAUUUGAGUAUCGUCAGGAGGCACAGGUACUAGUUUUGUUUUGCUUGUAUCUGGUAUUUAACUCUGAGAAUGCCAACUAACCUUUUUAUUGUUCUACUAAAGAAAAAACCCACCCACAUUAUAUAUUGAAUUUCCUGAGGGUAAACUAGAAGCAUUUUUUUAGGUGUUCUAUCCCUUUAAGAAGCCUUUAAAGCAUAAGUUAAAGCAAACUCCGUUCCUGAAGGGCUACAGCUCUGCACAGUUUUACUCCGACCCUGAUCAAACACAGCUGAUCAUACUAAUGAAGGUGUUCAUGACUCUUUUGAACACCUCGAUUAUUUGGAUCAGCUGAGUUUGAUAGGGUUGGAGCAAAACUGUGCAGAGCUGCAGCCCUCCAGGAAUUGAGUUCAAGACCUAUGCUUUAAAGGCUUCUGUUUGUCCCAUACUUUAGACAGUCUCAAGGGCCAAAGAGUUCACCUCAACCUUUAGUUAAAUGUGUCUUGGUUUCUGUGUAAAUCAGUUGAACCUAGCUACAAAAAAAGUCAAUGGCACACAGAUGCAUAAGGGAUUUUACUGCAGGCUAUAUUCAUGUUGUCAUUUUAUGAUUUGUGCAUAUUUUCCUUUAAAUAGCCAAACGUAUCAUGAUCACGUUAAUUGCAAUGACACUUCCGCUCCAAUACUGAGACCUACCGAAUUGCCAAUGCUAUAUUUAUGUAAUAUUUAAGAAUAAAAUUUGGCAUUUCAGUACAAUAAUCCCUUUAAUCAUAGCAUUAAAUUAAAUGUGUAUUACAAUAUGGCAGCAUAUUUUGUACACAACUUCAGGUUUAGAAAGUAAAGUAUUUUUUAUUUAGUAUCGUGCUUCUCAUGUAGAAUAUAACAUGAGUACUAACUGAAAAAGAUAACUGUGGAGGAAAAUAUUGUCAUGUACCAUAGUGUUCCACCUAUACAAUUCAGCAUAGGAAAAACUGUGUUAUUAACUUAAAAAAAACAUCUGUAUGCUGCUUUUGAAAAGAGGGAAAAAAAAGGAAAAUCAGUUUUCCUGUGCACCACUUCUCAAUUUACAAAUUUCUUUUGCUUUUUAAUCACAAAUACUGUGCAAAUCAUUUCCCUAUUGUAAAAUCCACCCGGGAUGGUGAUGCUUACGGCGUUCUGAAGUUGUUCACAAUUUUUGUAUGUAGAAUAAAUGUCUUUUUUGUACUUUCAAA